CCCCUCAGCAUUGUUCUUCCCUCUCACGAGCUCUGCGAAGCUCUCCCUCUUAAUAAAUUCACCGGGACCUUCUCGUUCAUCUUCCUUGUUCGAUAUCUAAUCAUUACUGCCCGACCAAGCGUCCUCACGCACGGGUUCCGAGCUCGAUACGAGCUCCCAUGUCUAGCAUGUGGAAAGGCGGCAAGAAGGAGCAGCAGGACAAUGACCAACUAACAGCUGAGCCACCACACCCAAUCCAGGAUGAUGGAGCCUCGAGAUCUUCGAGAAGAAGCUAUGAGCCUUCAAGGCGAAGUGCAGAGCCCCGAGAUGAGCCAAAUGAACGGACCAGGCUGCUUGAUCGACCCAGGCCGCCCAACUCAGAUGGAUACCUCGAUCCUGAUGAUCCAGCUGUGUCGCCCUACAACCUUUGGACUGUGCGGGCCAUGCGCUACCUCACCAUCCUCUUCCUGAUAGUAUCUUUCCUCUGGUGGGUACUCUUGCUGGUAUCUAUCUUUGUCUCUCCACCAGGCCUGCACACCCGCGGAUCGGGCUUCUUCGACUUUGCAUACACAUGUCUAACCAUUGGCAACCUCCUUGUCGCUACCAUCUUCUUCGUUACACCCGCCCAGGGACUGCGCAUCACCACCGCCAUCAUUGCGGUACUGCUGGCGGUUGACAUGAUCCUCAUCGUAUCCGUCCCGCGUAUCAGGCUGGAGGAAGGAUGGGUCGGUAUUGCGAGUGUGGUCUGGGCGUUCGUUAUGGCUGUUUGGUGCAUCCUGACUGAUCGCGUUGUCGCCUAUGGCAAAAAAGAAGAGGAAGAACGUCUUACGGGGCGGGCAGAAACCCGACGUACACUCAAGGAGUGGGUCGCCGUUCUUGUGGCGACCAUCCUUACUGUCGUAUUCAUCAUCAUCGUCAUCUUGAUGACCGCCACCCUUGGCAUGCGCGCCCGCGACUCCACGCUCAAGAUGUACGGCGACCGCAUCCUCGUCGACGGAGACAAGUACGCGGUCCAUCUCGCUUGCGUCGGCAACGACUCCUACACUGAUGGCUCUAGAGACCCAACGGUUCUCCUUGAAGCCGGUGAAGCACCACUAGAGUACGAUUUUGAGCACUGGGCCUACGCCGCUUACAAGAACGGCACCAUUUCCCGCUACUGCUACUGGGACCGCCCAGGCUACGCCUUCUCUGACAACGCCCCAUCCCCACAUUCAGCAGGCAUGUCCGCGGAUGCGCUCUCCGAAGCCCUAGCCAAAGCUGGCGAAGAAGGGCCCUGGAUCCUCGUCUCCGCCGGCACAGGCACCAUCGUCUCGCGUAUCUUCAGCUCGCGCCAUAUGAAGCAGGUCACCGGCCUCCUUCUGAUAGACCCUUACCACGAGGACCUCCUCCACCGUAUCGGCAGCCCGAGUCGGGGCUUCAUGCUCUGGGCCUGGGGCAUCAUCUCCCCCCUUGGCACCGUUCGUCUCGCCGGCGCGCUCUUCAAGGGUCGAACCCGCGAAGACCGUGUCUACGGCCGUAAUGCUUAUCAAUCCGGCAAACAGAUCAAAGCCCAACUCCAAGAGAAUCUCGUCGCUGACAGCCUCUCCAAGAAUGAAGUUGCAUCUGCGCGCAACAUUCAGAGUAGCGAUACCGCGCUUGCUAUAGUAAGUAGCGGUAUCGAGGUUAGGAGGGAUAGCGAGUGGGAACGCAAGCAAAAGGACUUGACGACUUUGACAGACAACUUGGUGGGCUGGGAUGUCGUCAACAAAGCUCCUCAUCAAGUUUGGCACACGCUUGAAGGGAGGACAGUCAUGGAAAAGAGGCUGAAGGCUCUAGUCAAGGCUGCUGCCAAGGUCAAGCAUUCGACUGAAGAGUAAGAGUUUCGGGACACGGAGAUAGUGUCUGGUGGUAAUUGAGGGUAAUUUGAUAAUGUUUUGGCCGACUAUUUUCAUUGCUCUGUAUCUCUCCUUCGCAUACCCUUUUACGUCGCGUUGCAUACAUAGGAUUUCCUUUCUCUGUAGCACAUAGCGGAGUUACUUGAUGAUUAAUUAAUCUCAAAUCACGCAUACCGCAUACCUGUUUCCUGGUUGUCCCUGUUGCAAGCAUACCAGAUACCAGAUACAUGGACCCGAGCCAUGAAUCUAACGUGCAGGGACCCCGCCGCUAAUGUGACGAUGAUGACGAUUGUGCAUGGGGCCCGAUCAAGGCUAUACCCAAUUUUGAUCGGCAUUUUGCAAGGCGAUAAGGAUCGCGGGGCUGUAUGCAUCGAAGGAACGGCUUGUAGAAGAAGCCGCGCGUUCUGCCUGCCAGGACAUUUUCGCUCAUACGAC